UUGUAAAGACUCUUGUUCGAGCAUAAGUUUAUGUACGGGUAUUGAUUGCCGAUUUAUUAUAUAUGGCUUGGAACUUGACAUUCUCUUGCUUUAACGUACCUUCUAUGAUCGAUCAUUAAUCCACAAAGCCCUGAUAAGGCAUCGCGACCAAACCAGGUAGCAACACUUUCUAGGGACAUUUUUCUCGGACAAUGAGAUCACCAAGCACGACGCAUGUACGCAAUCGAUAUCAACAUCCACUGAAAUUCCAAUCACAAUACCUGACAAACAAAAAUGCCUCCAAAGACCAGGGGAAGAGCAAAGGGGAAAGGCAAAGCUGCGAGUCAAAAUGCAGUCCCAGAUGUAUAUCGUGAUAUGCUAGAAGAGGCCAUACCGUCGCAGUCAGCAGUACCCGAAAGACCUUUAAAGAGACGGAGAGUUGUUUUACGAGAUGCUGUAGUUACGGCAUCAGAAGCAGGGCCUUCGAAACCUUUUGUGGCGGAGUCACAUGACGAAGCUAAAGAUGAUGAAGAUGUCGAAUUUGAGGAUGUCAUGACGGCACCAACGAGUCUCAAUGGUGAAGGCCCGGAGGGGGACGUGAAUGGGCCCCAGCAGACUGCAUACAGAGAUUCGGAUGAAGAAACAGACGAGAGCGAUGCAGAUGUGGAAAUUGACUGGGAAAAUAUUAAUUUUAACACCAAAGACGAUGAACCAUCAGGAGAUCUAGAAUUAACCCUUACCAGACCAGAACCUCAACGUCGAACUGCUACCCCCAGACGUAAAACUCUCACUCAAGGAGACAGAAAUCUUCGAUUAGAGAUUCAUAAAUUGCAUCUUUUAUGUUUAUUGUCACAUGUUCAUAGAAGAAAUGAAUGGUGUAACGAUUCUGAAGUUCAGGAUUCUCUUAGACCGCUUUUGAAUAGGAAAAUAUUGUCAUUUUUGAGGCCGAGAAAGGAUCUAUCGCAAUUCAGUCAAGCUGAAUCGUUGAAAAAAGGUUUGGAUAUGGUGGCUGUUUUGUGGAGGACAAAGUUUCAGAUUACAAAGAGGGGAAUGAGGCGGGCAUUGUGGGCGGAUAGUGAGGACGAUAUUAAAAAUUACAAAUUGCCUGAAGAUGCAGAUGCUUCAUAUGAGAGGGUAGAUUUUAGGAACGCGGCGACGGUACUAAAAGGCUCUAGAGACUCAGGAGCGCAACUGUUCUGUGCAUUGUUACGAAGCGUAGAUGUUGAAGCCCGCUUAGUUUGUUCUUUACAACCCCUAUCCUUCACCACCGGCGGCCCAUCCAUGCCCAAACCACCCAAGCCGAAAGUGAGACCAACCAUUCCACCUCCACCCAUACCCUCACCAGGACCCAGUAACUCAACCCUUCUCUCAAAUCCACGCAGUCGUCUCGGACAUCCCGGGGCCGCCGGCUACAGUAUUCCUACAAUCAAUCCCGCACCUUUACCGCCACCCACCCCAAAAGCAAAACCUAUUCGCGAAUCUCCCUUCCCCAUAUUCUGGGUCGAAGUCCUCGACUCUGCUCACCAAAAAUGGAUUCCCAUCGACCCCCUAGUCACAGAAACAAUCUCUAAACCCCGCUCCUUUGAGCCACCUCUCACAGAUAAAGAAAACGCGCUCUCUUAUGUCCUUGCCUUUUCCUCAGAUUCAUCCGCACGGGACGUAACACGUCGUUACGCCAAGGCUCCCAAUUCCAAAACCCGCAAACAACGCAUCGAAUCCAUGCCCGGAGGACAAAAAUGGUGGAACAAAGUCCUCUCCCACUAUUCCCGUGGUUGGAAGACAGAUGUGGAACAAAUCGAAGAUGGGGAAUUGGCAGCAUUAGAAGGAAGAGAACCUAUGCCAAAAAAUGUACAGGAUUUCAAAGACCAUCCGGUUUAUGCACUUGAACGCCAUUUGCGAAGAAAUGAAGUUAUUGUUGCGGAAAGAGAAAGUGGGAAAGUAGCCACUGGGAAUGCGAAUGCGAAUGGAAUCAAGAAAUUAGAAAAUGUAUAUCGUAGGAAAGACGUUCACAUAUGCAAAAGUGCAGAUGCAUGGUAUCGACUUGGUCGCGAGGUAAAAAUGGGCGAAGAACCCGUCAAAGUCGUACCAUCUCGAAACCCACGAAAAAACGAUUUUGCAGACGAAGAAGAAAGAGAAGAAAGAGCAGGCACAGCCCUCUACACACAAUUACAAACUGAACUCUUCAUUCCACCCCCAAUAGUAAAUGGUCGGGUGCCCAAAAACUCGUUCGGAAAUAUAGAUAUAUAUGUACCAUCUAUGGUUCCUAAAGGGGGCGUUCAUAUCUCAGCACCCGAAUCUGUAUAUGCGGCAAAGUUGCUGGGUAUAGAUUUUGCAGCCGCGCUUACGGGAUUUGAAUUUAGAGGGAGACAUGGGACGGCGGUUUUAAGGGGAAUUGUGGUGGCGAAAGAGUAUAGAGAGGCAGUAGAAGAGAUUGUCAGGGGAUUUAGGGACGAGAGGGAGAGGGAAAUAGAGGAAGAAAAGAGGGAAGUGGUGUUGAGGCUUUGGAGGAAGUGGUUACUGGGGUUGAGGAUCAAGGAGACGGUGGAUGGGUAUUUUGAUGAUGAGGAAGGGGAGGACGAUGCUGAGGUUGAUGAAGAGGAUGGGGCUCACGAUGAGAAGGAGGAAGCGGAGCCCGGGGUGGAGGACGGUGGAUUUGUGAGAGAUGACGAGGAAGAAAAUGAGGGUGGAUUCGUGAAGGAGGAUGAAAAUGAUGAUGGGGAUGAAGGGGGUGGUUUCGUAAGAGAAGAUGAGAUUAUGGAGAGCGAUGAUAGCAGUGAGCUGAGCGAUACGUAUACAGAUGAUGAAUAUGACGAUGAUAUGGGUGGUGGAUUUAUUCCAGAAUAGAAUCAUAUA